AAGAAAAUGGGGGCAAAUGUAGAUCCAUUGGUAGUUGGAAGAGUAAUAGGGGAUGUGGUAGACAUGUUUGUACCGACAGUGAAUAUGUCUGUAUACUAUGGAUCAAAGCAUGUCAACAAUGGCUGUGAUAUCAAGCCUUCUUUGGCUGCCUCUCCACCCAGGCUUACCAUCACUGGAUACCCCAAUCAACUCUACACUCUGGUGAUGACGGAUCCUGAUGCUCCGAGUCCAAGUGAGCCAAGCAUGCGAGAGUGGGUUCAUUGGAUCGUGACGGAUAUUCCAGGCUGCUCCAAUGUUACUCGAGGUAAGGAGGUGCUGGAAUACGUAGGGCCGAGGCCGCCGGUGGGAAUCCACCGAUACAUAAUAGUGCUUUUUAGGCAGAAAAGAGGUUUGGAUGGGGUGGAGGCGCCUCCGUCGCGGUCACAUUUCAACACCAGGGCAUUCGCACAGGACCUUGAUCUCGGGAUUCCCGUCGCGACCGUUUACUUCAAUGCUCACAAGGAGCCCGCAAACCGAAAGCGCCACCAUUAAUUAAAUUAUAUGUAUAAUAUAUAUACAUGACCUUCUAUCUUUAUUUUCAUUUUUCUAUUCUGCAGCAGUUGGUAUAUUUAUAAGAAUAUGUGUGACCUCUUGAUAUUUGCGUCGUUGUGGUUGUUUAUGUUGUUCCUUGUGUAGUGGCUAGUGGCAGUGGCAGUGGCCGAUCCAUGAUGAAAACUCAGU